AGUGUUAUGUAUAUAAAUUAAGCCUUGAGGUUUCCAUAUUCAUCGUGGCCUACUCUCUUGUAUAAUCUACAUUUAUCCUUGCUUCUAUCUUAGGCUAGUAAAUUAAAUUAAGUAAUUAACGAUGAAGAUGUCAUCAUUUAGAUGGAAUUGUUGUUACUUUUUGCUAAUCAACAUAUUCCUGUUGAAUUUGACAGUAAGAUCCCAACUUACAACAGACUUUUAUAACUCAUCAUGUCCUAACCUUUUCAAAAUAGUAAGGAAAGAGGUUGUAAAAGCUCUUAUCAAUGAGAUGCGAAUGGGUGCUUCUUUGCUUCGUCUUCAUUUUCAUGACUGCUUUGUGAAUGGUUGUGAUGGAUCGGUACUAUUAGAUGGUGGUGAAGAUAGUGAAAAAUCUGCUCUUCCUAACGUGAACUCUCUUAGAGGAUUUGAUGUUAUUGAUACAAUCAAAAGCUCGGUGGAGAAUGCGUGUAAUGGGACUGUCUCAUGUGCUGAUAUACUAACCAUAGCUGCCAGAGAUUCUGUUUCUCUUAGUGGUGGUCCAUCAUGGAAAGUUCUGUUGGGAAGAAGAGAUGGAACAAUCUCAAAUGGAUCUCUGGCAAAUUUGGUGAUUCCUUCUCCAUUUGAUCCAAUGGAUACUAUUGUUUCAAAGUUUACUAAUGCCGGACUAAAUCUCACAGAUGUUGUUUCUUUGUCAGGUGCUCAUACAAUUGGGAGAGCAAGGUGUGCACUUUUCAGCAAUAGAUUGUUCAAUUUUUCUGGAACAGGUUCACCAGACAGUACGCUAGACACUACCAUGCUCACUGACCUACAGAAUUUGUGUCCCCAAAAUGGAGAUGGAAAUGCAACUGCUGUUCUUGAUAGGAACUCAACUGAUUUAUUUGACAAUCACUACUUUAAGAACUUGCUCAAUGGAAAGGGCCUUCUUAGUUCUGACCAGAUUUUGUUUUCUUCUGAUGAAGCCAAUUCAACUACUAAGCCUUUAGUUCAAAGCUAUAUCAACAAUGGUUCACUUUUCUUUGGAGACUUUGUCAAGUCUAUGAUCAGGAUGGGGAAUAUAAAUCCAAAAGUGGGGUCUGAUGGAGAGAUUAGGAAGAGUUGCAGAGUUAUAAAUUCAUAGUGAUGUGCAUUAGGCUUUGCAAAAUACUAGUAUAUGAAAUAAGUGGAAGAUUAACAAUGUGUCUUCCUUGUGAUAGUGUACUUAUGUUGUUGUUGUAAUUGCUCACUUGUUUGUAAGGGAAUUUGUAGGUGGGGUGUGUCUCUAAGGUCUUAUAGUGGAUCUUGAGAAUCUAACCCAACAAAAGACUAUAGAAAUAAAAAUAUAAAGAUUAAAGAAAA